AAAUUUAAUGCGGAUGAACAUAGACAUUAUACUUUUACACCCAGAAAUCUUACUUAGAUAGUUUUCGGGCUAUUGAGGUAUGAGUUGAAUAAGGAUAAUAUAGGAGAGGCUCUUUUUAAUGAACUAAAUAAAAAGUUUAGGGAUAAAUUGGUUAAUAAUGAAUAAUAAAGUAAGUAUGAUGCAUUUGUUACUUCUUUAUUAAGAUAAAAUUUAAGCUUUUAACCAGUUCCAAACAUUUACUUUAGUUCAUGCGGGGGUUCUUCGAAAAUAUUGACUCGUUUAGAAAAAAAAGAUUACAUAACUUCCAUAAAUUAAGGCUUAAUGAUGCAUGAGAGGGAGUUCAAAGAACUCAAACUUCAUUUAUUAGAUGAAGUUUUGUCUCUCCUUUCAAGUUUGGAUAGAGCUUUGAGUACUUCUGGUAGUAUUUUGUUGUCUGGAAGGAGUGGUAUUGGAAGAAGAAGUUGUAUUUCAUUAAUUGGGACUAUGUUAAGAAUGGAAAUAGUAAGUCCAAGUACUAGUAGGGACUAUUCUACACGAGAAUUUCAAAAAGAAUUAAAAGUAUUUUUAGAAAAAGCUGGUAUUUAGAAUAAAAAUAUUAUUCUUUUUAUCGAAGAUCAUCAUUUGGUAAAAAGCGAAUUUUUAGAAAUUUUAAAUAGCCUUAUUUCUAGUGGAGAAAUUCCAGGGCUUUUUACAUAAGAUGAAGUUGAGCAUUCUUUCUAAAAUGCUGAUGAAAUCAGAAGGGAAUUCUAUGGGAAAUCCCUUUAUGAGAUAUUUACUCUGAAAGUGAAACAAAACUUAAGGAUAGUACUGAGUAUGGACCAUUCUAGGGAAUAGUUUAUAUAAAAUUGUGCAUAAAAUCCUGCUUUUUUUAGCAAAUGUAAUGUUAUUUGGCUUACUGGAUGGAGUAAAGAGUCUAUGAAUGUGAUUGUGAAGGAAGAAUUAAAAGAAGAGCUGGAAUAAAUGUAGUAAUAAAAAGAAAAAGAAGAGAUGAUUAACUUUUUUGUUUCAUUACAUAAAUAUGGAUUGGAAAAAUCUUAAGCUUCUCCAUUACAUCUUUUUGCUCUGUUAUAGACAUAUGUGAAAAUUUUUAAUAUGAAAAUUAAUUCCAGAGGAUCUAAAAGUACUCAUUUAAAACAAGGUCUUUAAAAAUUAUAAGAAGCUAAAGAACUCGUGGAUGAAUUAAGUAAAAAAGCUCAAGUUAAGAAGGUCGAAUUGGGAAAAAAAUAGGCAGAAGCUGAUUAAGCUCUUGUUUUAAUCUCUAAAGCAAUGUAAGAUACAGCUGAAAGGAAGCAAGAUUGUGAAAAUAUUAGAUAAUAUUUAUAAUCUGAAGAGCUUAAAAUAUAAGACUCGAGAAAUGAAGUUAAUGAAUAAUUAAAAGAUGUCUAACCUUUAAUAGAAGCAGCUUAAAAAUCUGUAUAAGGAAUAAAUAAAGGUGAUUUAGAUUUUUUAAGAAAUUUAAAAAUGCCUCCUCCGGUUAUUCAUAAUAUCAUGAAGGCUGUUUUGAGAGUUUUCGAUAAUAGCAAUGACUCGUGGGCUGAAAUAAAAAAAUUUUUAGGUAAUAGAACAGUUUUGGAAAAUAUAAUUAAUUUCGAUCCGUCAAUUAUUACUCCCAAAAUAAGAAAAGAUGUUUAAGCAGCUAUUAAUGAAAACGAAUCUUCUUUUAGAAAAGAAAAUUCUUAUAAUGCAUCUAAAGCAGUAGGUCCUAUGGCUGAUUGGGUGUUAGCAGUUCUUAAAUAUAGUGAAGUUGUUGAAAAAGUAUUACCUUUACAAUAAAAGCUUUAAAAAAUAGACUAAAGACUAAACGAUAGUAGAUAAAAAUUAUAAAAUAAUGAAAAUGACUUAGUAAAAUUAGAACAAAAAGUUGAAUAACUAAAAUAAAACUUCGCCUAAAAAACGCAAUAAACUGAAAUCCUUAAAACCGAUUUAAAAAAAGAAGAAGAGAUUUUAUAAAUAGCCUAAUCAUUAAUAGAUAAAUUAAAAGAUGAAAAAAUUCGUUGGGAAGAGCAAUCUGAAUAAAUCGAAAAAGAAGUAAAAAGUUUCCCUAUCUAAAGUUUAUUAUGUGCUGGCUUUACCAUUUAUUUAAGUGAAAAAGACGAAAAUUAACGAGAAUAAGCCCUUCAUGAAUGGAAAUAAAUGACUCGAGCAUAGAAUUUUAAUUUCUUAAAAUUUUUAACAACAGAAAGUCAAAUUUUAAAAUGGAAAAGCCAGGGACUUCCUGGAGAUUCUUUAAGUUUAGAAAAUAGCGCAAUGAUUUUUAAUUCGAGUAAACCUUGUCUUUUAAUCGAUCCAAACACAUAAGCGACCGAAUGGCUAAAAAAAGCAAUUGAAAAUGUCGAAAUUUUGAAUUAAUAAGAUCCUAAAUUUACUAAUUAACUAGAAUUAGCAGUAUUAUUCGGAAAAACAUUAUUAAUAUAAGAAUUAGAUAAAUUAGAGCCUAUUUUAGUACCUAUUCUAAGAAAAGAUUUAGCCCAUGCAGGUCCACGUUGGGUAGUUAAUAUAGGUGAUAAAUAGGUUAAUUAUAACGAGAAUUUCAAAUUAUAUUUAUGUACAAGAAAUAGCGGAAUAGAAAUUAGUCCAAACACUUCUUCCCUUGUAAGUAUUAUUAAUUAUACAAUUACACGAAGUGGUUUAGAAGGAAAACUCCUUAGUAUAAUAAUAAACCACGAAUAGCCAGAUUUAGAAAAGAAAAAACAAGAACUAUUGGAAAACGAAGAAUCACUUAAGAUUUCUUUAGCAGAACUCGAAAGAAAACUGCUUGAAGAAUUAGCAAAUAGUACCGGAAAUAUACUUGAAAAUACUGUUUUAUUAGAAAGCUUAAAUUAAACGAAAAGUAAAAGUCAAACAAUAUCUUAAAGUUUGCAAGAAAGUCAAAAACUUCAAGAAAAUCUCGACUAAUAAAGAGAUGUAUAUCGUUUUUUGGCUAUAAAAGGAGCUUAAUUAUUCAUAUGCAUAAAUGACUUGAAAAAAAUCAACAACAUGUACAGAUACUCUUUAAAUUAUUUCAUAUAAUUAUUCAAAAUGUGUCUAAAAGUAAAAAAUUAAUUCCCGUCUAUGCUAUAAAAACUAUAAUACUGUGCUUCCUAUUUAAAUAAAAUUAUAUUUAAUAACUUAGCUGCGUGUAUUUUUAAAUAAGACCGUCUUAUGUUUGCUUUACACUUAGUACACGAAAUGUACUAAGAGCAGUUUUAAAAUAAUGAAUGGGAUUUUUUACUUGGUAAUGCUCCCAUAGUAAUUGAAAGUAAAUAAAUAAAUACACCUAAAUGGGCUUCUUAAUAUUCUAAAGAUUUAUAUGCUUCUUUUGUAAAUUCUUUUCAGAAAUUAAACUCCAGUAUUAAUUUUAAUGACAAGGAUUGGGAAAAUUGGAAUUCAUAAAUUGAAUGUGAGAAACAUUUUCCUUCUUCAGCUAAAUUAACUGCUUUUUAAAAAGUACUUAUAGUAUAGGUUUUUAGAUCGGAAAGGUUAUAAACUGUUCUAAACGAUUUUGUAUGUUAAUAAUUGUAAAUAUCCUCUGUUAGUGGUAACCCCUUCUCUUUUGGAAUUAUCAACUCAGAAGAAGUAGAUAUUAAAGCACCUGCAUUAUUUGUAGUAUCCCCUGGUUCAGAUCCUUCAACAGAACUAGAAGAAUAUGCCGAAUAAUCUAUAGGCCGUUAAAAUUUUCAUAGUCUAUCUAUGGGAGGAAAUUAAAAUGAUUUAGCUAUUUAGAAAUUAAAAGAAGCUGCUCUAAAUGGACAUUGGUUAUGCUUUAAAAAUUUACAUUUAGUAACUUCUUGGCUCCCUAUCCUUGAAAAAGAGCUAAAAAUGCUCGAACCGCAUAAAAACUUUAGACUUUGGUUAACAACAGAAGCACAUUAAAAAUUCCCUGCAAUUUUAUUAGAAUCAUGCUUUAAAAUUUCUUAUGAAUCACCUCCUGGUUUAAAAAAAAACAUCGAAAGAAUUUAUUCUACAUGGUCUUAGCAAUAUAUAAGUAAAGGAUCUCCUUAAAGAGCACAAUUAUUAUUCAUUUUGGCCUGGUUUCAUGCCAUCCUGUAAGAAAGAAGGACUUAUAUACCACAAGGAUGGUCUAAAUUUUACGAAUUUUCUUAUGGCGACUUACGAGCAGGUACUUAAAUUAUCGAAAGUCUCAUCCAUGAUUCUUAAGGAAAAAAUUUAAACUGGGAAACACUCUAUGGUCUUUUUGAAAACGCUAUAUAUGGCGGUAGAAUAGACGAAAUUUUCGACUUAAGAGUACUAAAAGCUUAUAUUCAUUAAUAUUUUAAUGCUCCAAUGCUUUAAGGUACUAAAAAAUUAUCUAAUGGAGAUGUUAUUCCAUAGUCAAAUAAUAUAAAUGAAUUUUAAAAAAUAAUCAAAAAUUUAAAAGAAACUGAUUCUCCAAUGCUUUUUGGACUUCCUUUAAAUAUUGACAAGGCAGUACAGAGAUAUAAUACUUAGUAAAUAUUUAAUAGUCUUAAAGUUAUAAAAUAGGCCAGUAGUGAAGAUUUAAAGUUCGAUAAAGAAAAAUGGUAACAAUAACUUUCUACUAUAAUAAAUUUAUGGAAAAAUCUUUAUAAAUCCUUCACUGAUCUACCCUAAAUUAAACCUUAGAAUCUCCUCUCGACAGACCCUGUGGAAUCCUUUGUUUAUUUAGAAGCCUAGUAAUCAUAUUAAAUGAUAGAAAAAAUUUAAAAUAGCAUUGAAGGGUUAAAUAAGGUUCUUUUUGGAAACGGAAUUUUGACUUCAGAGAUAUAAGCUAUUGGAUAUGAAUUAAUGUUAGGCAAUGUACCUUAGAAAUGGUCCUAAGUAUGGGAAGGGCCAGACAAUUGUACUUCUUGGUUAAAAGGCUUUUGUUCUAGAGUAUAUUAAUUGAAAAAAUGGAUAGAGUCUUUAAAAAAUUAGUAACUACUCGAAAAACCCUUGAAUCUUUCAGACUUGUUCCACCCUGAAAUUUUCCUUAAUGCAGUAAGGUAAAAAACAGCAAGAAAUAUUUAAGUUCCUUUGAAUGAAUUAAAAAUAGUAGCUUCUUUAUAAGAAAAUAUUAUCUAAGCAGAUAUUAUAGUCAAAAUAAAAGGAGUUUUAUUAUAAGGAUGCAGUAUUUAAGAUGGAUUUUUGAUAGAUUCAGGAAAUGAGUUGCCGGAAUUCGUUGAUUUACCAAUAUUAAAUAUUGCUUUUAUACCUAAAAAUUAAGAUGAAUUUUAUAGUUUGGAUACUUUAGGAGAAUUCCCAGUUUUUGCGAGUGCAAGCAGAGAAAAAUUAAUAACUAAAAUUAAUUUACCUAGCAAUGGGGAUAUUAAAGAAAAGAUUAUUGCAGGUGUAGCUUUAAUUUUAUAAAAUAAUUGA